AUGAAGAGGAGGAAGAGGAGCAGCAUGAAGAGGAGGAAGAGGAGCAGCAAGAAGAUGAGGAAGAGGAGCAGCCAGAAGAUGAGGAAGAGGAGCAGCAUGAAGAGGAGGAAGAGGAGCAGCCAGAAGAGGAGGAAGAGGAGCAGCCAGAAGAGGAGGAAGAGGAGCAGCCAGAAGAGGAGGAAGAGGAGCAGCAUGAAGAGGAGGAAGAGGAGCAGCAUGAAGAGGAGGAAGAGGAGCAGCAAGAAGAGGAGGAAGAGGAGCAGCCAGAAGAGGAGGAAGAGGAGCAGCCAGAAGAGGAGGAAGAGGAGCAGCAUGAAGAGGAGGAAGAGGAGAGUCUAG